UUAUUUGCUAAUGUGAUUUUAUUUUACAUUGAUUUUGUGUAAAAACAAACUAUAUAAUUAGUUCGUUAAAGUCUCUUUUACUAAAAUACUCCAGUUAUUAUCGCAGCAUUUCUUCGAAUUCGUCGCACUCAGCUGAUUGCUAAUAUAAAACCAGCAGUGGCGGACUGCUCAACACUGCGAGGUCGAGCUCUCCGGCGAGUUUUGCGGCGGGUGUAAAGUUACGAGCCGAGAGGACACACCUCCGGGGGGAGUUCCCGGGGAGGAGGCGGCGGUGAGGAGCGGAGCGGAGCGCUGCUCCUUUUACAGAAGCCUGGAGCCCUUUCACUCGGAGCGGCCGUCCGACCCUGCGGACGCGCGUCCUCUGAUCAGCCGCAGCACGAUGCCCGGGUCGGGCCACUCUUUGCGCGCGGCCGCGCUCCUGGCGUUCGUGGUUCUUUCCAUCCUCGUGUCCCUGUUGAUCAGCAGCGUGCAGCAGUUCGGAGCGAGGCUCGCGCACUUUAACGACACAACUCCCGCUGGCGGUGGAGGCGGCGGCGGCGGCGAUGAGGAGGCGGCGUCGCUCCGCAGCGCAUUGAUUUACCAACUCAACGAGCGGCGCAACGAGGUCAUCCUGCUUUUACCUGCUGAUGAUGACGGGACCGGACAGCCGGGCGGGACCCCGCGUUCCGCCGGACUGGACCCGGGUUCGGAUUUUAACCUGUGGAACGAGAUCACAGAGGGCUCCAGGAGAAGCCACAUGGAUGAAAUGGGCUGUGACUCUCUGGUGGACAUGCGGGCGGUGGAGGUGCUGGGCUCCGGCUACACCAAACUAGUAGUCAAAGUGAAUCUGGCCCAGGGUCAGUCCGUGGCGCUGAAGCUCGUGAACGAGCAGGGGAUCGACAUGGGGAAGUGCGUGGAGGAUUUUAAAGACCCACAGCGCUGCCGUGAGCUCGUCUCCUACAAGCUGAAGAAAGAAAUAGUUCUGCUGCAAAGGCUGCAGCAUCCGAAUGUCAUCAAGCUCCGGGGUCACUGUGCAGGAAGUGGGACGGAGGGAGGACGAGUCGCCGUCAUCCUGGAGCAGGGGACUCCUCUGCAGAUGAUCCAGCUGCUCCAGAGUCCGUGGGAGGACCGGUUCAGGGUGUGUCUGGACCUGGUGCGGCUCCUCCACUUCCUGUCGCGCUCGCCGCUGGGCUCCGUGGCGCUGCUGGACUUCCAGCCCCGGCAGUUCGUCACCGUGUCCGGCGCGCUGAAGCUCACCGACCUGGACGACGCCAGCGCCGCGGAGACGGGCUGCGCCGCCGACGCCGACUGCACGCUGCGCUUCCCGCACCGCAACUUCAGCCUGGCGUGCUCGGCCCGCGGCGCGUGCACGGGCCUGAACGAGAAGAUGAACAUCUACAACGCGUACCGGUAUUUCUUCACCUACCUGCUCCCUCACCAGGCCCCGCCCGGCCUCGCGCACCUGGUAGACCGCAUCAUGAACUCCACAGGAGAGCUGAAAACCGACAUCAAUCAGACGCUGGAGGCCUUUGAGCACAUCCUCCAUCUUUACAAGUCUGGCCUGCACCUGGACAACCUGCCUCCAUCCGUAACCAGAGAUUACGCCGUGAUGCGGGGCAUGGCCACCUCUGGGGACGUGGAGUACCGCUGCUGGCCGUCCUACAGCCAGCAGGGCUGCGUGCUGUCGGUGCACGGCGCCCGCGAGGCCGCCUUCAUCUGCAACUCGCACUCCCAGUGCAACAGCUUCACCCUGAGCGGCCACAAGACGUGGGCAGGUCGAGUCCUGGCCUCCUUCAGGAGCGGCUUCAGCCACCUGGUGCCUGAUGGGAAAUCCGAGGUGUACGUGAAGAGAGCCAAAGCGGGCGGAGCGUCCGCGGUCUGACGCCGGGGGAGCGAACGGAACCGCUGUGCGUCACCGCGGUGCACGGUGGGGGGUCGCGGAGGCGCGGAGGAACGCGGCGCUCAAGGAGCCGGCGGCCCCGGUGACGGCGUGGAGCGGCUCGCGGCCCUGCAGCAGGCGUCUGAAGGAGGCCAGUGAAGGCAGCGUAUUUAUAGGACUUCUGCUCGGCGGCCGUUUGAUGUGUGCGCCAGCUCGCGGCCUCUGCCAGCUACUAGUUUAAGGGAUUCCCCUUCAGGUACAAUUAAGGAGGGAGAGCCUUGUGCCCUGGACAUGAUCUUUUUUUUCCCCUCCCCCUUUUCUAACCUUGUCUUUAUUUGCCAUGUGUGCUGGCUUCCACCGAGGCCGGGUCCCCGCGGUCGGACUUUUUAAGCCAAAGAGGUAAUAAGAACAGCCGCCGCAGCUCAGCGUUUGAAGCCCGCGGACGGGAAAAGAAAACAAGCGCUUUUACAAAUACACUUUGAUGUCGAUGUGUUGAGGUCGUGGCGGGUUCUUUUUUUUUCAUGGUCCCCCGGCUUAGCUGCGGCAGCAACCAUGUAAGCAGUUACACGACAACACAGCAAAGGUGAUUAAAACCAUUCCAGAGUCUGUUUUUGCGAACUCGGUAGUUUAUAGUGCUUAGUUCACGUUUAUUUAUAAGAUUAAUUGAAAUGUAAUUCCUCUUACAUGUUUUGCAUCAUAGCUUACGUGCACCUUGUGGGUGAAACAUUUAUUUUCAAUGAAAAAUCAUUCACUUCAGUGUUUUUAUACUUUGCUACUUGUGUGUACAGUUUUGCCAUUUGUCAUUAUAUAAAUGUGUUACUUUGA